AUGUAUCGCAGGCAGUCUAUCCUGUCGCAUCGACCCAAAACCUCUUCCGACGUAGACGCUGAAUCCUCCUCCUGCGCUGCCAACACUACAAACUUUGGAAACCACUCCACCCCCAGCAGCGCCAACACCACCACCAACAUCAACAACAACACCAGCACACACGCCACUGCUAACAAUACCAACACCACGACCCCUAUCCCUUCAUCGCCGCCCCACACCAUGAAGCGGACCAUUUCACAGACCUUCCCGGCCCCCUAUCAUUCCGACAUCAAGGACACCAACAUGCUCGACGCGGUCAACGAAGCCACAAUGUCCAUUGACGGCUCUUCGCAGCACUCGCAGACAAGCUCCUUCUCGCGCGCCUUUGGUGCCGUUGCCGGAAGCUUCACACGCCAAAAGACACGCAGGCGAAUGUCGUCAGUCUCUUCGCAGACUCCUGCACAGCGCCGCCGCGGUUCCAUUCACUCUCUCUUCGAGUCCCUGCCCUCGUCGAGCUCAACACAGUCCAAGCCCAGCGCCGAUCAACCACGCAUGCCCCUGAUGCACCAAGACUCUGGAAUUCCAGUCUUCCAAAUGCAGCCACAACCCGCCUCGUCGAGCUCAAAGGCCUUUGCUCCCUUUCGGCGAUUGAGCAGCAUGCGCCGCCGCCCCACUGCUUCUUCAUCGUCAGCCGACAUGACAAAGACCGUCUUUGCCCCAGUCUCGUACCCCAGUCUCGCCAUCCCCGGCACCGCAGCACGACAAGCGGCAGCAGCCGCCAAUCAGGAUCGACAAAACCAACUUCGCCGCGAGCAAGAGCACACGAGAAGCUUUCUCGAUGGUCUUAUUCCGUCGUCGCGUGAUGACGACAUAAAGGACAACGAGAGCGGCGUGGACAUGACGUGUGCAUCGCCUAUUGUCCGGGCGGAUAGCGUCACCGAGAAGAAGAUGAUCGAUCCGUUCCAGCGCCUCCCAGCCGAACUCGCUACCACUGUCCUCUCUAACCUCGAUGCUGCCUCGCUCGUCCGUGCUGAGCGGGUAUCGCGCAGCUGGAACGAGCAUGCUGCGUCGCCCCACGUCUGGCGGAACGUCUUCCUCCGCAAGCACGAGCCCGAAGUACACGUCUCACCUGCGCCAAUCCAAAUGGGCGGCCUGGGCACUGGCAAGAUGGCGGGCGGAAACCCAGCACCUGCACAAGACUGGAAGAAGAUGUUCCAGGCGAGAGCUACGAUCGACGCCCGAUGGAAGGCCGGUACACCUGCUGCCAUUUACCUCAACGGCCACACAGAUAGCGUCUAUUGCUGCCAGUUCGACGAGAACAAGGCCAUUACCGGCUCGCGCGACCGCACCAUCCGUGUGUGGGACCUCCAGACGUACAAGUGCAUCAAGGUAUACGGAGGUCCUAACCACCGCCCAACCGCCAAUACCCCUCCCCCCAUGGAGGAGCGACCAGAGCGUGUCAUUAGCAACGCCUCGAUGAACGGUACAAAGAUCGGCAACGACAUCUACACAGUUCCCGCCGAUUACCAUGACGCGUCCAUUCUCUGCCUCCAGUACGACAGCGAGAUUAUGGUCACUGGUUCUUCAGACUACACUUGCAUUGUUUGGGAUAUCACAGGCGAGGAAUACGUUCCCAUGUACAGGCUGCGUGGCCAUGAAGCUGGUGUUUUGGAUGUCUGCCUUGAUGACAAGUACAUCAUUUCGUGCUCGAAGGACGCCAUGAUCAAAGUUUGGGACCGCAAGACUGGCAACUGUCUCCGCACUCUCAAGGGCCACCGAGGCCCGGUCAACGCUGUGCAGCUCCGAGGCAACUUCCUCGUCUCUGCCAGCGGUGAUGGUGUAGCCAAGCUGUGGAACCUCGAGACUGGUGUCUCAAUCAAGGAUUUCCCAUCCGAAGACCGUGGUCUUGCCGCUGUCGAGUUCUCCGAUGAUGCCAAGUACGUACUCGCCGGAGGCAACGACCACGUUGUCUACAAGUUUGACGCGUCUACUGGUGAGCUUGUGCACAGCAGGGUCAAGCACGACGGUCUCGUUCGUUCGCUUUUCCUCGACGCCUUCAACGGACGCAUUGUAUCAGGAUCAUACGACCAGAGCAUCCAAGUCUCUGAUUACGAAACCGGACAGACAUAUGCCGUAUACAAGAACUGGACAACGAGCUGGAUUCUAUCUGCUAAGAGCGAUUAUAGGCGAGUUGUGGCUACGAGUCAAGACGGCCGAACGCUGAUCCUGGACUUUGGCCACAAUGUGCCAGGAUCCGAACUGCUCGUCGGAUCCAAGUGA